AUGGUAGUACUCUUGUUUGGCGCAUCAUCUUCUCCUGGUUGUGCUAAUUAUGCUCUUAGAAAAACAGCUAGAGAUUCUGAAGAACUCUUUGAUUUUGAGAUCAUUAAUACCGUGUUUAAGAACUUUUAUGUUAAUGACUGUCUGAAGUCCGUCAAGACUGUUGAUUAUGCUAUCGACUUAAUCAAGGAUGUACAAAGACUUCUUACUCGGAUUGGGUUUCACAUUUCAAAGUGGAUAGACAACAACAGAGAUGUCAUGAUGACAAAUCCAAUCUCAGAGCUAGCAAAAGGAGUCAAGGACCUAGACUUGGAUUACGAUGCGCUACCGAUUGAAAGAGCCUUAGGAGUUUAG